UAUUUCGAUCCAAUCAAUGCGAUUAUUGUAUUAUUGUAAUGGUAUAUCACCGAGUGUCCAAGUGUUGAAGAAAAUAAUUAUUAUUGUUGUUCUGUGACGUUCGCUGUCACUGUUAUAUUUUAUCAUUCCGUUUUUAACAUAAAUAAUAUUACUGCCGUCGGUGGUUGUGUGCGUUCCGUGAACAGCCGUCACCGUGAAUUACCUAUGAUGACAUCGCAAAAUAUGUGAUCAAACAAAAAUUACAAGUCUUUCAGUCAGUUGUUGCCACAUUCGCUCACAAUGUCAACAAGGGUGUUACGAAAAAUGGGUCUGCAGGAGGAUCGGGACCUACCCCCCGUAGACAACGAUGCGAGUGAUGACACGGAAACGAGUUCCGGUGGUGUGAACAAGAAGCGACAUUUAAACAUGUAUGAUUUGGUAAGUGUAAUAGCAUUGCAAAAUAACAAUCACUGAUCGACUAUGAACAGUAUUAUUACCUAGGUAUGCGAUCUAUUUUUUUUAUUUUUUUUUUUUUUUCCCAUAGCUCAACCAUGGUUCUCUGUCAGAGUCUGAAGUGAAAGAAGACGAUGACCACGAAACAACAAGUUCGGUAAAUAAGAAAGAUGAGAAUAUAUCGUGUGAUAAAGAGAACAUUAGAAGAAAAAAGAAGAAAAAGAGGAAGAAAUCUGGUAAAGUGUUGUCAUCACACACCCGCAGCAGUGAAGACAAUGUUGAGGUAAGUAAAAGAAUGAACUAUUAAUAUACCUAAUAUCGAUGAUAAAAUAUAAAUUGAUUUAUUGUUUAGGAUGAAGUAGAACGGAGUGUACGUGAAGUGAACAAAAUAUUGGGCGCAGUACCGUAUAAAGGUGAAGAAGAAGACGAAGCUACAUCCUCACAGAAUCUAUUGCACAAUCGUGAAUCAAUUUAUUUCAAAAAUAUAUUGUCCGUGCAGCACCGUAAUCUUAAUCCAAAUAAUGAACUGCGUAAAAUGUUCGGACGUGUAGUUCAUCAAGCUGAAUUGAGGUAAAAACUAAAACAGUUUAAUUGAUAAUUAAUCCUGGGUAAAUACUUAUAAAUUCCUAUAUAGUUAUCUAAUUAAAAAACCUAUGUUGCUCGAGUAAAAUUAAAUUACUAAGUUUUUAAUGUCUUCAUAACAGGUAAACAACUCUACAAACGUUUGAAACAUUAUUUGAUAAUAUAUACUUAAAUUAACUUUCCUUUUAUCGUGUGUAUGACUGUACUAUCAAGUUCAAAAAUGUAUGAAAAUCAAAUAAUAUUUUAUUUGGAACUAUACUCAAAUUGUAACACUAUUUUAUUAUAAUCAUAUUCAGUAAUAUCUAUUAUUUUGUAUUUUUUAAAAUAUGUUUAUAAUUUAUGGUACUUUUAAUGUUUAUUUUCACAAGCAUAAAUCAGUACAAUUUUUUUUUUUUAUUGUUAAUUUAGCAUAUAAAAAUUAUAGAUUUAGAAAAAAUAAAUAUAUUAAACAUCAUUGUAAAACCAAUAAACUCCUCACUCCUCUCAGAAUUUAAAACUAAAUAAUGUCACUGUUCUAAUGUAGGCUACUAUUGUAAAUCAAAAGUUGGGGAAGUAAGAUAAUAUAGAGUAAUUUGGUUUAUUUACUGUAUGCAACAAUAAAUCAUUACAAACAAAAGACAUGAGCGGAAUUUGGUUAAACCUGUUUUAAUAAAUUGAAAUUGAAAAUCACAUUAAUUUUUAACUACAAAAUAAAUUUUAUUUUGUGUUUUAAUACAAUUCUUUCAUCAUAUAAAUUUAAAUUUAAAUUAUUGUACAAAAAUAAAUUACAAUGCUACAGUUAACUUUUUUAAUUUUGUUUUUACUACUGAGACUAACUUAUGAUAAACUUAAUAUAAAAUGUUUGGUUAUUUUUAACGACAAAAAAAAACUAAGAUUUCUUGGUGAAAAGUUUACAAACAAAAAUUACACAAACCAUAGUACUUAAAAGUAAUACAUUUCUUACUCAGAAUCUUAAUAAAAAACUAUUCAAUUUCUAUAAAAAUAACACAUUACAUUCUUACCUAACAAUAAUAAUAAAAACAAAUGAAUGUGUUCAAUGUUUCAUCCUAUCUUAAUAUUUAUAUAAUUAUUUCAUUUCGUAUGUAGUAGAUAUAAAUUUGCUUUUAAUGGGUACAUACAAUAGCAUUUUGAUAUACACAAAUUAAUUGUUUGUAAACAAGCUACAGCUAAGUUUAUCUAUUUAUUUUAAAAACAUUCGACUUGUAUUUUGAUUAUUUGCUAUUUGCAUUAAUUGCAUUAAAUCAUUCUAAACGCUUGAUAAGUAUUAAAGAAUUGUAUACAGAGUGUAUCAAAUUAAACAGUUCAAUAAUGAUAAAUUUUUGGUCGGUUUUUUUAAUGAAAUAUUGAAGUUCAAUGUGAUCUGUAGAAUGUUAUUGUUUAAAAAAUUUAUCAAUUUUAAAAAGAAAAAUUAACAGAAAAUAUUAUGUUGAUAAUGAGUAAUCCCUAUUCCUGUGAUAAAAUUUUAACCCCUUAAAUAGGUAUCAGACAAUAUAUAAGUAGAAAAGUCUUAUAUUUAGGAUGCUUAUUAACAUUUUGAAAAUAAUAAUGAUUAAAACCAAAUCAACUAAAAUAAGAAUUAAUAAUUUUUUACAUGAACAAAAGAUCUAUACUAUAUUAUCAUUAUAUUUGUAGUAAACGCAAGUUCCGAGGAAGAAAUCAUUUAAAAACUACAUGGUUGGUGACACCCAAAGACAAUUGGCCACCGGUUGGAAAGUCAGGUAAAAUAUUGAAUACAUUUUUAUUGUUUAGUUCGUAUGAAAAAAGCAUUUUAUUUUAGGUUCAACAAUGAAAUAUUUGGAAAGCAAAAACGGCAUUAUGUAUUUUGCAUUUGAACACAGUCCAGAAUAUGAACAAGUACAGACUCAACUCUACACAGCUGUUUCUAAAAUGUCAUCUGGAAACCUGGUUGUAUGUUGCAAUUAUUAGUUUUAUAUUAUUUCAAAUUAUGAUCUAUACAUCAUUUGAUUUUAGAAUAUUAUCAACAAUCAUCCAUAUCAUGUGGAUGUACUGUUACAAAUGACAGAAUGGGCUCGACUCAGUGAAGACUUGCCAGUCGCUGCUGAACUCACUGAACAAGCUUUAUAUUCGUUGGAGAAUUCAUUCCAUCCCAUGUUCAGUUUGUCAAAUGGAAAAUGUCGUUUGGAUUACCGUUUACAUGAAAAUAGGUGCUUCAUCAUUAAAAAAUUAUAGUAUAUAAAUUUAAAAAUCAAAAAUAUAGCGAUUAGUGUCACCAAUUAAAACCAAAAAUAGAGAUAAACUAAUAUAAUACUUCUGACCAAACUUUUGUCAUAAAAUCUAUUUUUUUCUUGUGAGUUUGUUGUUUAAUGUUACUUUUCAUUCAUAUUUUUUUUCUUACUUUUAUGUAGCUAAAGUAAUUGAUAUUUACAUUUUUUAUUUCAUUUUUUUAAGAUAUGUUUUGACACAGUAAUUCAUAAAAAUGCAGUUAUUAAUUUCUUAAAAAUAAGUAAAAUUGUAUUUUUAUUCUAAUUUUAAAAAAUUUACCACAGUAUAAUUAUUUGUAAUUUUUAAUCAUUAAUUAAAAAUAAUUAUUUUUAUUAUUGAUUUCAGAGCAUUGUUCCUGACUUUGUACAGACAUUUAAUAUUUGUGGGACUCCGUGCCUGUUAUCGUACAGCCUUAGAAUUCUGCAAACUUCUUUUGUCCCUUUCCCCAAUGGACGAUCCUCUUGCCGUUGUAUUGUGUAUUGAUUUUUAUGCUUUACGUUCUUCUGAAUAUUCAUGGUUCAUUCAUUUUGUGAACGCUUUUGAUUCGGCGCGCAAUCUUACACAGCUUCCUAAUAUCAAGUUUUCAUUAGCUGUUGCUAAAUGGCAAAAAGGUGAUGUAGAAACUGCUCACACGCUAUUACAAGAAGCGCUGAUUAUGUUUCCUGGUGUUUUAAUACCUUUGUUAGAAAAAUGUUCCAUUCAGGCUGACAAGCGUGUCAUUGCACACUCAUUCUUCUCCACUUAUGCUAUUGAUACGUAUGUAUAUUAUAUAAUAUUAUUUAUGUUCUCUGGCGAUGAAAUAAAAUUUUUGUAAACAAUUUCACAGGCAACCAAAAUCAUUGUCUUACUUGAUUUCUAUGUAUGUGACAAGAAGUUAUCACAUCUGGAAAGAGGUUCAAUUAUUGCCGUGGCUUGAACGCAAUGUGCAAAUCGUACUAGAUAGAGUGGAUGCUAAAGACCCAUUAGUGAAAAAUAUGGAAAACUUACGAUCCACUUUGUACAGUGCCAAACCACCACUGAACAUACACAGACAUUUAUUACUGUCAGACAUGAGUGAUACAAUUGCACCACCAGCUGAGGUAAUGUUAUUUUCAUAAAUAUUUAAAGAUAUCAAAUGAUCCAAAAGUAUUAUUAUUCUGUAUUUAUGAAUAAAUUUAAACUAAUAUGAUUCUUUUUCCUGUUAAAAAUAUGAUGAAAUAAUAUAAUUUAUAAAUUCAUGUUUCUCAUAAAAUAAUGUAAGAUUAAAUCAAAUAUACCAAAACAAUAAUUAUAUUAAGAGAAUUGGUAUUUGUGUAUAUUAUAAUAGAUUUAGACCUUAGUUUUACACAAAUGUAGGAAUGUUUAACUGAUUUUAAUUUUGAAAACUGUUUAUGACUCAAGGUAUUUUAUUUCGGUAAAAAAAUGUGAUUUUUUUUUGUUAUACAUAUACCUAUAAAAUGUUUAAAAUUUGAUUGGCCAACAUCAAAUAGUUGGAAGAAAGGCAAAAGAAAAGUUCAAAAUUGUUUCUUUUUACUUAAAAUAAAAAUAUUUGAAUUAUACAAAUAAAUCCAAUGUAUCAUAGUUAAAAAUCUAAUAAAUCAGGACCAGACCAGUAUGCCCAUAUUAAACGGCUGCCCGCAUUAAUCGGUGACCACAUUAAGCAGAAUCCACUGCAUUUCAAAAUUUUUGUUUAGUGUUUCACUAAUUUACAAUUUGUUCAUAGGCGGUUACAAAUGCAAUUCUCAUUAUGGAUCCAUUUCCACCACCGGAUGGUACAUCAUUUUACACUCCCAGAUUACUUCACGAUAACAUAAGCAGAACUGCUAUGGAAAAUCAUUCAUUAUUCUCAACAUUCUUUCGAUCAUGGAACCCGGUAUUUCAAGCUCUUUCUGAUGAAAGGUAAAUUAAUAAUAUUUUCUGUAGUCAAACAAGUUUCAUCAUAUAAAACUUUAUCGUUUAUUUAUAAAAUAUGUCUACUUUUAGUAAUGUUGAUGAAGAAUUAGCAGCUGAAGCUGAAGCAGUUGCAAGACCCGUUAUAGCCAUGGUCGGUGAGCAAAUUGAAGAGAUGAGGAGUGACUUGCGUCAAAGUGUCAACUCUUUGCUUGACGCCAUGAGAGACUUAUUGUCUAAUGUUCACUCUCCAAAUAAUGUACCAGCAGACGGCGACAUAGAUGAUGAUUCUGAACUUACAGAUACAGCAUAAUAAUAAAUUACAAUUAAACAAAAAAAAUCAGACUAUCAUUUUAUUCUUUUUUUUUUUUGUUCCAUGUUAAAUAAUUAUUUUUGAAAAUAUUAAAUUAAAUUAUUUUACACUAGAACACCCGUGGAUUAUGCUUAUUUAUGUUUAAUAUUUGUCCACAAUGCCUAAUUUUACCUUAUUAUAGUUAUACUUAAAAUCUGUAAUAAUUUGUGUAUAGAUGAAAUACUGAAAAUAUUAUAUCCUUCCCGAAUUUCGUACAAUUAUUAUACAAUACUUAUAAUAGUUACCUAUUAAAUUAUUACUAACUUCUAUAACUAUAAACAUUACAAACUUAUUUUAUUAUAAUAUAUUGGUUUUUUAGGCGCUAGCAAUUAAUACUAUUUUUGAUUUAUACAUUUAUUUACUGAAUUUCAUUGUAUCCACUGUUUUUUUUUUUAUUAUUAUUAUUCUCUUCUCAUUCUGUGUUUCAUUGUAUUAUUUUUAAUAAUAAUUCUAUUCCACUUGGUGACAUUUGCUUUUUAUGAAUUUACAGUUACUCUUUAUUUUACAUUUCUAUCAACAUUGUUUAAAUCCGUGAUCAAAAAUAAACUCAUAAAGUUUAAUAUGUUUCAAUUAAAUAGAAAAAAAAAAAUGUUUAAAUACCUAUUCUACCAAUCAAUCUAAGACAAAGAAAAUGGUAAAAAACACAAUUUUUUUCAAAAUAAUAUUGAAUAAUAUUAUUAUACAGUGGUUCUUCAUCUGUGGUCCGUAGUUGUCUACGUAACACUUACAUCGGGGAUCCACAACAUCUUUCUGGUCGUGCACACACUUGCUUUUUUUCGCUCCGAUGUACACUAAUAAUUGAAACCGAUUGUAAAAUACAGAUUUGGAACUGGGGUUAAAACUAUAUUAUGUAUCAAGCAUGUAGUUCAAACGCAAACCCAACCAUUGCAAUUAUUUAUUUUUAUUUUUAUUAAAGUAGGUAUUAUAGAAGGGUACAACAUGAUUGUGUACGUUUUACCAUUUUUAUAACAAUUUCGAACAAAUGUCGUUUGAUUAACAAAUUUUCUUUUAACUGCAAAACGAACAAUUUUUUAGGCUAGGUAUGUUGCCAAGUUGAAAUAGUUUAUAUUUUUCUGAAUAGGUAAAUUUUAUUCUAUUCUGAUUAUAAUUGUAUAACUAUGUUACAAACUAAAAUAAACUUAUACAAAAUUGUAGUGUUUAAAAUGAUGAUUAAUUAAAAUUGUUUUUUUCCUUGUAUAAAUAUUA